AUGAAUAACAAAAUGAAAACUCUUAUUUUAAUUCAAUUAAUUGGCAGUAUUUAUUAUGUUUUGGGUUGUGAUAGUGAUAUUAGUAAUAAUAAACAACAAAUUGAUGUUGUACAAGUCGAACAAACAUCAACAAGCGUAUUGAAUAAAAGAGCAACUGAUCUACAGAAUUUGGUAAAUAGUGAUUCAAUUGGUCGUGGUUAUAAUCCAUUUCAUGGUAGUCCAAUUUGUUUUACGAAAGAAUGUGAAACGGUUAGUUUUGGUGCGGCAAUAUUUGAAUUGGAUUUAGAAAAGGAACCCGCACAUGCUAGAUGUGCUCCAACAACAAAAUUAAUACCAAAAAAUACUGAAUUUCAAUGUCAAACAUCAACUGAUCAUAGUUCUCAUGUUAAUAUUAUCCAUUCACUAGAUGAUUUGAAGAAACAAACAGAAGUGGCGUAUAAACAGAGUGGUACAGCAACAUUGAAGCAAAUAACAGCAUCAUACAAUGCCUCUGCGGAAAUAAAAUAUAUGGUUGAUAAUAUUCUAACACGUAAUCUUACAUUUUUAUCAACAAAAGUUACAGUAUCCUUGGGUACAUUAAAAAUGCAUGAAGAUUAUAUGAAAUUAACAAAAACGUUUCAGGAUGCUAUUAUUGGUGUACCAUAUACUGAUUCUCAGGAAACAAUUGAUCACUAUGUUCAUGAGAAAAUAUUUAACAAAUUUGGUUUUACAUAUUUACAUACAUUGGAAUUAGGUGGAAUGGCAGUUGAAAAUAUUUUUAUUUCAUCAGCAAAUGCUACCCAUUUGGUAGGAACUGGAGUUGAAUUAAGUCUUGGAUCAAAAGUAUCAUUCGGUGAAAAGUUUGGAUCGGAACAGAGUCUGCGUGUGGGAUAUAGUGAAACAAAAAAACAAGAAUUUGCGAAACACAUUAAAGAGCAUUAUACAAAAAAUUAUGGUGGUACUACUGGAAUUCUUACGCUUGAAGAGUGGUCUAAAAGUGUUAUAAACAAUCCAGUGGUUAUUAAGUUUACUUUAAAUGAUAUUUUUGAUCUUUUAACUAAGAAUCGUUUUCCAAAUGAUUCAAACUUAGAUGCGAAAAAAAAAGCAAUUCGAGAAUCAUUAGAUAGAUACCUUAGCAAACCAACAAUUUGUUUGGGAAAAUGUUUAGUACAUGGUAAAUGUGUUGUUAAAGAUCAUUUUAAUGUUGGAGAAUGCCAGUGUGACAAAGGAUGGUCAGGAUAUGAUUGUUCUUUUGCGGGAAAAACAAUCGCCGCUGGAACAUUGUGUGGAUUUAAUGACCAUGUUCCAUGUGGAGUUAUCGGUGCCGGUUUGGGUGUAGCUGACGGAAAUGUUCCAAUUCAUGGAUGUCCUACGGGUUAUUCCAUAAAUGACUAUUGGAUGUAUAAAACAUAUUUUAUAUGUACAAAAGGAGCGACGGAUGUUGUUAAGGGUAAACCCGGUACAUUAUGUGGCUUUAGCUUGUAUGAUUUUGUAAUUCCUUGUAAUGGAAUGGAUCCAGGUAGAGAGCCAUGUCCAAACGGAUAUUAUAAAUCUAAACAUGGUCCCUCGGGCGAGCAGUUUUGUUAUAAACAUCAAGCAGACAUUGAUGAUUUACCAGGUACACUUUGUGGAUUUGCCUAUGGUAGGGAAGGUCUAGUAAGAAUUCCUGUUCGUUGUGGUGAUUAUGAUACCCAAGAGGAAAAAUGUCCACCAGGCUAUAAACAUCGUUCGGUUUGGAUGCGAUUACCUGUAUACCAAUGGCUAUAUGGUUUUUGUGUUCUUGAAUAA